AUGGGUGACCAUGCUAGAGGAGAUUGUAAAAAGGCAAUCUGCAGCUCCGAAGAAGAAGAAUUUCAACAGGGAGUCUACAACAACUUUGUACAUGUCGCUCCUAUCACGUAUGCAAUGAUGGCGCACUUAAACAUCAAUGAGAAGAGAUUUCCCGUACCAGGAACAUCCGGAGAAGCACCAGCACUGCCAAUGCCACCAACAGCCGACGAUACUGACCGUCAAUUUUGGGCCGAAGACGAAUUGAGCGGUUCCGAGUCAAGGCUGCGUUUGGUUUGCAAGCAGAGGAGGAGACGCAGUGUGGCAUACAGAAAUCGAGUUGCUAUUCGUAAAAGGAGCAGAUCUCUUCUUCGUCAAUCAUCCAGCUCCAACUCUGAUCCGGGCAUUCGUAUGAAAAUUAUGUCACCGAUCAGUCACGGUGCACAUAGAAGACGGAGAUGCAAUCAAGAGCAAGGUUCACCCUUGACUAAAAAAUCCAGAGAACUAAGCAACCGUCCAACCGUUAAGGCUUCCGCGUCAAGACCACCUUUCGAUGUAAAAGUCAUCGGUUGUAAUUUAGCAUCUGGAUUACACUGUCCAAAUUCUAGAAGACAAAUAAAAACCCCGGGCACUUCGGUAUUGCGAAUUAAAUCCAGAAGACGCAAAAGUCAAACACAGUCAUCUUGUCCUCAUGGUAAUAACGUACCUCGAACAACCGAGUUGAUAGAUAAUGAUGAAUACAAGGAGCAAAAAUUUUGCCCACCGUCAAAAUCGAAGCGCAAGUAAAAUUUUAGAAAUCUUGACAGCGAAAAGUUGAGAAAAAGCCUAAACUGUGAUUAAUGGUAAAUUUACAAGAACAAAAAAAAAAAAUUGUAAAAUAUGGAACUGCAAAUGACAAUGAGAACGCAAUCUUAUUGCAUACUUGUAACAAACGAUUGUCAAAAAAAAAUUCCAUUUGCUAAAUGUCGCUCUGCGACAGAUUAUUGGAAAUAUGUAACGUGUAUUUUCAUUCUUGAAAUCGAAAUUCAAAACUAUCUACUUUAAUUUACGUUACCGACGAUCGAUACAUUAGAUUCUAUUCUCCAUCUUGACUGUAUCCGUUAAGCACACCUGAACGACUGUCAGUAUUCGUGAUUAUUAUAACCACGGCUUGCCAAUUGUCGGUAUUUAAUGCCAUUAAGUGUGAUUAUACCGAAGAAUAUUUUAUUAUAUUAAAUGUCCAACAACCUCCAAUAUUCUGAGAUUUUUUAAUUAGUUCUAGAACGGCUGGUGGGAUAAAAAAUAAGCUUCGCAAUUUAUCGUUAGUACUGAGAAAUCCAGCUCGGAAGUGAGAUAAAGCUGAUUAAGAACCCAUCAGCACGAUUGCAGAGAUACGAGACUGUUGCGACAGCUUACUUCUGACUUUUAAUUAACGCCUUUUCAUUUUCCAACGGGGCGCGAACUUUAUUCCGACCGAAGUCAGCUCGUAAAAUAAAUUAAUGUCUGAAGAUUUUUGCACUGGCUUAUACAUAUUUAUACAGUUAUAUAAUAUGUUUAUUCAUUUAUACGUUUUUGAUGAGUAGAUUUGUAUCACGAAAUAAUUACGGUAAUAUGGUGUAAUAGAAUGCGUUUUGAGAAUAGUAAUAAAAAAAAGUGCUUAAUAUAGGAGAAUGAUGAAUACAAGUGAAGAUUCAGGGAAAAAAAUUAAAAAAAAGAAGGUAAAACCGUAAGGUGAUAUUAUGGAGCUACCUUUUAUGACGGAGAGAAAAAAUAUUAACUUCCUGCAGUCUGCCUGAACCCCAUUAGGUGCCUAUUGCCUGUUCAUCUAUCGAAUUCGAAAACAGUGUUUGUAAGAAAACGAGGCGAUCUCGAAUAUAUGAAGCGCCGCUGGGAUGAAAUUGACGAAAAUUAUGUGGAAUAUACUAAACUUUAUACAUUGUAAUAAUGGGAUAUAUAAUUGGCCAAAAGUGCGGCAAUACACCUUACUUUAAACGAAAUAUUUGAAAAAGCGUUCAUAAUAUUUUCAGAACUUGAGGAAGUUGGUUAAUCCAAAAUAGAUGUACUUUUUAUUAAUUUUAUCACGAGAUGAUCGUACAAUGAGCCUUUAUCAAAUUAUCACAGUCUUAAGCUGCGAAGCUUUAUACCUUUGAAAAUACAGAAAUAUAUAGAGAAAAGCUUAGAUAUCGAUGCUUCAUUUCAAAAUGCUUUAAAAUUGUUGAAAAUCUGGUAGAUUCGUUCGAUUUUACUUAACUGUCGUUCAUUUUACUCACGAAGACUAUUUUCGUUAAAUUCGCAAAAACACUUUUUUUUUAUUAUGUUGGCAUCGUUGACUACUUAAUUUUAUAACAUUGUAUUUUGAUAUUUAUUACGACCAACAAAAUAUGUAAGUAUUGAAUUGACUGCUGAAAAAAAAAAAAAUGUGUGUCGGUGAUUUUGUAGAAAAUAGUCUUUUGAAUAAAAUGAGCGGUUAUAGAGUGAAUAGGAACGAACUGUUAGUUUGAAAAAAAAGGUCGAUACCUUUCGAUACGUAGAAUCGAUACCUAAGCUUUUGUUUGUAAUUCGAAUGUCUUCUAUUUCUGUAUAUUUUUUGCAAACAACUUCGCAGCUCACAAAUAUAGUGAUU